AUGUCUCAUAUUCGUGCUCCAAAGCGUCGGCGCUACACAGUUGAGCAAGACCUUCAGAAUGAAAUGGAGGCACAGGGUUCACAGGUUCCAGCAGCUGAGGAGGAGGAAGAGUCAUUACCUUCUUCCUCCUCCUUCAACUUCCUCUUUCUCCCUGGCUCUUCUUCCUCCUCUUCCUCUUCUCUGAUUCGAGGAACGGUGGAGGAGGUGUCUGCUGUUGGGACACUGAGUACUUCUCAGAGUUCUCAGAAAAGCACCUCCUCCUCUUCAGAUGACGGUUCCAUCACCCAUGAGGGGGAGGGUCCAAGCACCCUGCUGGGCCAGGCAGAUAUUGAGUCCUUGCUCAGAGACACAGUAGAUUAUAAGGUGGCUGAUUUGGUGGAGUUUCUGCUUCUCAAGUACCAAACAAAGGAGCCUGUCACAAAGGCAGAAAUGCUGACGACUGUCAUCAGACAGUAUGAGGACUACUUCCUAGUGAUAUUCAAGAAAGCCUGUGAGUGCAUAGAGCUUGUCUUUGGCAUCAAUAUGAAGGAAGAAGACCCCACUGGAAACUCCUAUGUCUUCUACAAUACUCUAGACCUCACCUAUGAUGGGAUCCCAAGUAAUGACCAGGGCAUGCCCAAGACUGGGCUCCUGGUACUUGUCUUGAGUAUGAUCUUUAUGGAGGGCAACUGUGCCACUGAGGAGAAGCUCUGGGAAAUGCUGAAUACAACAGGGGUGUAUGCUGGAAGGGAACAUGUCAUCUAUGGCGAGCCCAGGCAGUUCAUCACCAGAGAUUUGGUGGAGGAAGAGUACCUGGAGUACCGGCAGGUGCCCAACAGCGAUCCUGCCCGCUAUGAAUUCCUGUGGGGUCCAAGAGCCCGUGCAGAAACCAGCAAGAUGAAAGUCCUAGAGUUUUUGGCCAAGGUCAGUGGUAGCAUCCCAACUGCCUUCCCAUCCUGGUAUGAGGAUGCAUUGAGAGACGAAGAAGAGAGAGCCAAGGCAAGAGUUUCCACCAUGGAUACUACUACUGUGAUGGCCAGUUCGAGUUCCAGUGCUGCAUCCAGCAGCUUUUCCUGCCCCCAGUGA